AGCCGACUUAAUGGAGAAUGCGGACAACAUGCAACUCGACAGCGCAAUGAAACUGUCAUGCCCUCCGUCGGGCGACGUGCGUUGCACUGCCAUGCGGGAGCUAUAUAUGCCCCUCAGAGUCGUCAUGGAUCCACACUCGUCAUCUUUCUCUGCCUGGUCCCAGCUGCCUACGUACUAUUUACCUGAAGAUGUGUCAUAACGUUAUCGACGGAAGAUUCCAUCUGGAGUGUCAACAUUUCAUUCCCAUGAGCACUCGUCGACAGGACUGCCUUCAAACAAACUGUCUCUUUAGUCGAAGGCAUGUUCAUCCAACGGGCUGCAAGUCACCUUCUUGUGUGCGGGUGAUGACUUCUCCUCAGCGAAACCCUAUUCGUAUGAGCGAGACAAAAUGUGCAGAUUGUGUUAUGCGCGAAAGGACUGGAGCCCUGAGCUGCUCCUGAAUCUCGUCCUCUCUUGAAGAAACCUCUCAAGAAAACGUUCGCAGCUAUGAUCCAUUGGAUUCCGACCGCUCAAGUGGACGAUUUAGUCGUAUUGUAUAACCUAUUGCGUAUCCUAUGCUUCUGAUAAAUGCUACCUGUACGCGCACCUCUUAGUAAUAUGCUGUAUGUUUCUUUUAGGGCUCGAGCAGCCCAGCUGAAUAUGACACGUCGAUGGCAUGACCCGCGG